AUGUCGUAUGCAAACAUAAUCUCCACCGUGCUGCAUGUCCCAUCUAGCACAGUGCGGUGGAAGGCCUUCUCCGCCUGCACCUCUCACCGCAUCAUGGUCUUCAUCUCCUACGGUAGCUGCAUCUUCAUGUAUGUCAAGCCCACACAUAGCAGCCAGCCAGAUCUCAGAGAGGCAGUGGCUGGUCCCAACACUGUGGUGUCCCCUCUGCUCAAGCUCUUCAUUUCCAGCAUGAGGAACAAGCAGGUUCAGGAAGCUCUGUGGCAGGCUAUUGGGCAGAUCCAAUGGCCCAAAUAUUUAACACAUUAUAUUCCACACCAAGAAGUGGUAAAAAUAAGCAACGAGAGCAGAGUGACCGAGUUUAUCCUAAUGGGAUUUCCCCUCAGCCGCCAGAUGGAAAUCUUCCUCUUCGUCCUCUUCCUCAUGUUCUACCUGGUCACCCUCUCAGGCAACCUAGUCAUCAUCACCAUCACCUUGGCCGAUUACCGGCUCCGGACCCCCAUGUAUUUCUUCCUGUGGAACUUCUCCUUCAUGGAGAUCUGGUUCACUUCAGUCACGGUGCCCAAGCUCCUCUCCAGUUUGCUCUUUGGGAGCAGGUUCAUCUCCUUCACCAGCUGCAUGGUACAAAGCUUCUUCUACUUCUUUCUGGUGGUGACAGAGUUCCUCCUCCUGGGCGUCAUGUCCUAUGACCGAUAUGUUGCCAUCUGUAACCCAUUGAGAUACACAGUCAUCAUGAACAGUCACGUCUGCUUCGUGCUGGUUUUUGGGGCCUGGACUGGGGCCUUCUUCUAUAUCCUUGGACCUCUCAGUGCUGUCGCCGAGGUACCCUACUGUGGCCCCAAUGUGGUCAACCACUUCUUCUGUGACCUUACACCACUGGUUAAGUUAUCCUGCAAGGACACCCAUGUCCUGGAGUCAGCCAUUUUCAUCAUGGCGUCAGUGCUUAUCCUGAGCUCCUUGGUGGUGACUGCAGUGUCCUACACGUACAUCAUCACCACGGUGCUCAGGACCCCCAUGGCUCAGGGCAGGCAAAAGGCCUUCUCCACCUGCACCUCUCACAUCACAGUGGUGAGCAUCAUCUACAGCACCCACAUCUUCAUGCAUGUCCGUCCCAUUGAAAGCAGCUCCUUGGAGCUGAACAAGGUGGUGGCCUUGCUGACCUCCGUGGUGACACCAUCCCUCAACCCCUUCAUCUACACCCUCAGGAACAAGCAGGUCAAACAAGCCCUGAAGGAGGCUGUAGCCCAGAACAAGGUCUUCCUGUUCUACAAAACGUUUAUCCCCUAA